AUGUUGGUUGUUUCAUUUUGUUGCUCAUGUUCGGGUCAAUGUAGUGAGAUGGAUGAAGCUCCUAGAGGUCGUGGCGCGAGAGGACGUGAUGCUAGAGGUCGUGGCGGCAGAGCUAGUGAUAGAGCUGGAGGCCGAUCAGGCCAAGGUCGUGGACUUCCGGAGGAGUCGGGAGAGAGUGUGGCGCCGAGUGUGGCGCUGCGUCAGUGA